UCUCAUGGCAAGCUCUUAGGGUCAUGGGGACUUAAAAUGAGAUGCCCUUUUUGAGUGUCCUUUGGCCCACGAUCAAAUGCCAGGCAGGCCAUGCGUUGACUGAGUUCAUACCGACAAUUGCUUCAGCACAUUUCGUCCCGACUCAGCUGUCCAGUGAGACGUGCGAUAUGAGAAUGCAACGGUCGGGGUAUCAGGCCUUGCACGGAGUAACGGCCGCAGGGAAUGGCCUCGUCUGCUUUCGUCCCAUCCAGAACGGAUCACGAGCUGGCCGCGCGUCAACAAGCCACUACCGAACGGCAAGAGCCUGCAAAAGCGCUACUAUGGUAUGCUGUAUGCCUCUCAUGUCUUUGGCAGCCACUUCGCUACACACUCAUCCCAGCCAAACCUCUCGAGCUUCGACUUUCCGCAAAUUCUUCUGCAGCUUUGAUCGAGGUGUAAUAAUCUGGGUCUCAAAUACUGAUUAUUGGGGUGCUGGAGAUGAGCUUCUCGACAUCAAUAAUGGAUUUUCAGGUUGCAAGUGGCAGUUUGCAGCUCCCAUAGCCCGCCCCAAAAAGAUCAGAGCCAGGAUGGCCGCUCAGCCACCUGGACCCACUUGGCCGCCAGGCCAGUUUCGGGCGUUGCGGGUGAUCUUCAAUCCUCGCGCGGGAGAAGACCAACGAAGUUCAGCACAUCCAGAUCAAUUGGAGACCAACCGUCAUUAUUGUAUACUCAAGCAUCCCAUCUAUCUCAGCCACUGAUGAAGAGGGAGGGGAUUCCAAUCGUUCAAGGAUGCCAGUUCGUGGCUACCUUUGGCAAUUCACCGUGCAAUCAUCAAUGUCACUAGCACAUCCGGACCCACUUCGGCAGCCGUUCUGGGAUUCAGUCUGGGCACCCUGCGUCCCCGGAUGCCCUCUCUUAAAGAUCACUGUGUAUCCCUUGGAGAUAUUUCACGCAUUGCGGCGGCAUCAGUCUAGCCCAUUGUCAAGGAAGUCAAUAAAGCCAGCUAAACACUCCAGGAGCGAUUAUGACUGUCGGACUUCAUCUUUCGAAGCACACGGUCACGAGUCAGCAAAACCAACAUGUAUCGAACUCGUAUAGUCCAAUUCAAAGCCCACA